AGAAUAGAUUGAAAUGAUCUAAUCCUACAUAUUCUAAUCAUUUCAAUAUUUUUGAUAUUUGAAUGGAAGAGGGCAGAUUGCUGUGAAUACAAAGGAAAGUUUUAAACCACUGUGAAAACCUGAGAGUCCACUGUAAAAUGUUGCUAAUAAAGAUAAUUUGUGUGGGUAGUCUGGUUGGAGGGUUGUUGGGGGCUCCAGAGCUCAAAAUAAUAGAUUUGAUGGAUCAGAGUUUGUGGAGUUCUCUAGGGUACCCGGAGAAAAGUAUCCUUGACACGUCCCGCCGGAAUAUCCAGGUUGAUCCUCUCAGCGCUCAGCCGGGAUUAGAACUUUGGAAUCCUGAAUACUUUCCUAGUGCAGAUAAUAUCAUUAACAGGGUAUCUGGUAGACCGUUUACAAUAUCUGUUGAGGGGAAUGUUGGAUCUGGAAAAUCAACUCUUCUGCAGUACUUUACUGAUUACCCGGAUAUAUCGGUGUACAAAGAGCCUGUGGAAAUGUGGACAAACCUGAACGGAACAGAUUUUCUCGGUCUAGUUUAUCAGGACUCUAAAAGAUGGGGGAUGGCGUUUGAAUCACUAGUCCAGCGUUCAAUGCUUGAUCAUCAUAUCAGGGAUAGAAGACAGAAGGGGAAACUAACUCCAGCAGUCAAGGUUAUGGAACGGAGUCUGCAAAGUUGUCGCUAUUGCUUUGUAGAACAGCUGAGGACAGUUCUUUCAAUUGGAGAAGUGAAUCUUCUAGACAGCUGGCACCAGCUGAUGAAAAACAAUAUAGAGUUUGAUAUUGAUGUUGAUGUUAUUAUCUACCUGAAAACAUCACCUGAAGUUGCAUUCCAACGAGUCAGAAAGAGGAAUAGACAACAGGAGAUGUCUCUCCCUUUGGAUUAUUUUGACCAGAUGCAUAGAUGCUAACAGUGAUUUAUCCACGCUCAGUAAAACUUACAGAAAGCUUGCCAAGGAUAUCUACCAGAGUAUACCCAAUAAGUUGAGAACAGAACAGUUUUAUAAUUGAAAAUGAAUGGAAGCUGAAAGAAGAUAGAUUUAAAGAAUAUAAUACCAUCAAAAAUAUUUUGCAUUCAGUUUGUCAGUAUUUGUAUAAUGUAUAUUCAUAUUUUUUCAUGUUUUCUACAGUGGUCGACGACCAUACCAUUGAAGACGAUUUUUUAUUAAUAAUGCUUUGAACGAUAACAAGCAUUUUUCAAAUUGCAAGUUUAGAAGUAAACAAAAAAGUCUGUUAAUUCACAACUUUUUGAUUUGAUUUGUUUCUGCGGUUUCACAGCUUUGUAGAAAUCAAAAUUGAAAAAGAAAAUAGUGUUCAUUGUAUUGAUAAAUACGACGACAAAUAAAUGUAACCCUUUUAACACUGAGGUAUAAGACAUGCAUGUUGUUGUCCACAAAUACAGGAAAGUCAUUUUUUACUUUUCACCUUCUGUAUUGAAACACAAAAAUUUGAUUUGUCUAGAGCCUGUUCUAGUUCUAUAGACUAAAGACAUAUAUUUUGAUUACAUUUUUUUUAAAAUCUUGGUCAAACAAUUGCGGAUCUUAAAGAUUUUCUGUUAUUUAUCUUCUCAAGAAUCUCUCGGCUUCCCAGGCUAAAGCCAACAAUGACCCCUUAGUGCAAAAGGGUUAAACCGAAUUAAAAUUAAAAUUAGAAUUUCAGUGAAGUUUCGUACUUAUAUAUUUUUCAAAUCUAACAAUCAAAAAAAAA